AUUUUUUUUUCAAUUUUAGAUUGAAGUGCAGAAGAAUGUGGCGUGAGUUCGGAUAAACGUGAUUAUCCGCGAUGGCUUUAACCACCGGUUUGUCAAGUGAUAUUUUGGAACCGCAAGAACGCAUGCGGCUCUUGACAAUUAUGGCCGAUGUCCAGGUUGAUGGACACAUCGCAGUUCAUAAAUACUUUCGAUCCGGUGUGGAGAUGAUGAGGAUGGCGCAGGUGUAUGAACAAGAAGGUAAAAUGGAAGAUGCGUACAUGUUGUAUCUUCGGUAUACCAUAUUAUUCCUGGAGAAAAUCAGGGAGCAUCCGGGUUACGCGGAUGUAUCGGUGGUGUUGAAGCAGGAGGCGAAAAACCGCCUGAAAGUUGCCAUUGCGAAAGCCGAGGAAACGCGUGUCAAACUCAAAGACUACCUCCAACGUCGGUAUGCCGUCCAUCAGGAGUCCCUUAAGCGUGCCGAAAUGGAACGCCAAAAGCGGGAACGAGAAGAAGAAUUUCGUCGGAAAGCAGACAAGGAAGUUCUGGAGGCCAAACUUACUGCACUUGCUAUUGCGAGGGAACGUGAUUUCGAAGCCCGGAAAGCCAAGAGAGAAGCAGUUUCUCCUGCCAAACCGGAACCUGAAAACCUGCCACGGUCUGCGUUUUACCACGAUAUUGCGGGUGCCGUGGAGUCGAAGGCAAACAAGCCGGCGGUGGACCGUGCCACGAAACCGGACUUCCGGAUUCACGAUUCCUCUCGGGGUUCCGGGCUACGAACCAUGAUGGUUCCUGAGGCUGUGGUUGGAUCGUUCUUGUCCUUAGCUGCGUCCAAUACGAAUCGAAAUGUAGAAACGUGCGCCAUUCUCUCUGGUUACUUGCGGAACGACAGCUUUGUGGUGACGGAUAUGCUAGUGCCGAAGCAAACUGGGACAUCGGAUAGUUGCACAACGAGUGACGAGGAGGAGAUUUUCGAGUACCAGGACCAAAGAAGCUUGAUCACCCUCGGUUGGAUCCACACGCAUCCGACGCAAACCGCGUUUUUGUCCAGCGUGGAUUUGCAUUCUCAUUGCUCCUACCAGAUGAUGUUGGCUGAAGCAAUCGCCAUCGUUUGUGCCCCGAAGCACCAAGAGACUCGGUUUUUAAUGCUCACGCCGAAUAAUGGAGUACAGUACAUUGCAAACUGUCGUCAGACCGGCUUUCAUCACCACGAAGAGACCGAAUUAUUUCAGGACUGCACGCAUGUGAUCGUCCAAGGAGGUUUGCAGCUGACAGUGAAGGAUUUCAGAGCUUAAAGAAAAUGUGGGAAGAUUCGUCAAUGAAGCAUCAUUACUUCUUUUGUACUGACCUUCAGCUGCGCGACUCAUUAGUCCACGUGAUUGUGAUUGAUGCAAUUAUCCGAUGAAAUAUGGAAUUGCACGCUCGCGGGAAGUCCGGAACAAGAUUCUUGAAAGUGGGAAGAGUGUUCGUUAAUGGGAGGAAAACCGGAAAUGAAAUCGUGAUUCGUAUUUGAGGGUUCAAAUACGUUUGAGUUCAGGCGUUGCGCCUCAUUUUUUUGCGUAGUCACAAAAUUCGAAAGAUUGAGUUAUUCCCGUGCAUCAAAGAUAUCCGUCAAUCCAAUAUCCAUAUCCUCCGCAUUCUUCGAAGAAAGCUCCUGGGCUUUACGCAUUGAUUUUGGUGUAACCCGGGGUUUUCUGGAGCCAUAUAGCACUGAAACGUAACCUACGCAAGGUAAAUUUUGUGCCACAGGAAAUGCAUGAUGCCCGAUGAAUUACUUUGCAAUCAUUAGACAUUUGAACUUGUGAUCAGGUGCCCAUACAUUUUUCCAUUUUAUUCUGCAGUUGUUAAUGAUAGAUGUCACGGGCAGUCAUAAUUGUGAGGGAAACUUGUUUCAUUUCCUUUGUGCGGUUCAGGAUUUGUGCGGGCCAAUUCGAGGGGUAGAAUUUUUUUUAGUGUUGAUGGGUGUCAUUGUUAACACAAUAAAAUUUUAUUUUAUUCAUUCGCUUUGACGUGAUUCGUAUCUUCUAGUAAUAUUAUGAAAACGAUUUCAGUAAAUGGCAGCGAAUAAAAUUUCAGUUUUUCUGGUCAUCCGUGGAGUCCACGAAGAUUUGUCGUAUGAAAAUGUAAUUUACAUAUUACCGAUUUCAAGCUGUUCUUUCUAUAUCCUCCCCAUUGAUUCGAUUAUGUGAAUAGCUUCACCGAAUAUUCAAAUCGCACGAUAAAUGCUCAUCUUCCCAUUCACUGGAUUAGGUAACUCUUCGGACACCAUGGAGAACUUAAUUUUUCAAAUUUGAGUUCGAAGAUCAUGAUUUUUGAUGGAAAAGGUCGCACUGUUGAAACUUGUGCAUUUAAAUGGAGAGACGCGUGUGUUUGUUUCCGGUCGUUAUUUUGAAUCGCUGUCUCGAAUUUAUUUUGGGAAACAUUUUCAUGAUGGCACCUUUGUGAUCGAAUUGAAAACAUGACAUGAAGUUCGAAGGA